AUGAGGAUAGAAAAGGUCACUGGCUGUCAGAGCAUGGGUAUUUUCAGUGAACCUGGUAAGAUGUGUGCUGCAUAUAGUACUCAUGUGUCUUCUGUAGUUGACAAAUGUAAACAGUGUGAAAAGUCUUUCACUGAGAAGAAACACCCUGUCGUCCCUCAGAGAAAACACACAGGAGAGAAACCUUAUGAAUGUAACAUGUGUCAAAAGUCUUUCACCCAGGAAUCAAAGCUUACUGUCCACCAGAGAACACACACAAAAGAGAAACCUUUUCAAUGUAAGAUUUGUGGAAAAUCUUUCAUAUGCAAGGCAUAUCUUACUAGACACCAGAGAACACACACAGGAGAGAAACCUUAUGAAUGUAACAAGUGUGGAAAGUCUUUCACCGAGAAAUCAAAGCUUACUGUCCACGAGAGAACACAUACUAGAGAGAAACCUUAUGAAUGUAACGUUUGUGGAAAGUCUUUCAUCCAGAAAUCAAAGCUUACUGUUCACCAGAGAACACACACAAAAGAGAAACCUUUUGAAUGUAACAUUUGUGGAAAGUCUUUCUCCUGGAAGGAAUAUCUUACUAGACACCAGAGAACACACACAGGAGAGAAACCUUAUGAAUGUAACAUGUGUGGAAAAUCUUUCACCUCGAAGACAUACCUUACUGUCCACCAGAGAACACACACAGGAGAGAAACCUUAUGAAUGUAACAUUUGUGGAAAGUCUUUCUCCUGGAAGGCAUAUCUUACUCUCCACCAGAGAACACACACAGGAGAGAAACCUUAUGAAUGUAACAAGUGUGGAAAAUCUUUCACCCAGAAAUCGAUGCUUACUCUCCACCAGAGAACACACACAGGAGAGAAACCUUAUGAAUGUAACAUGUGUGGAAAAUCUUUCACCUCGAAGACAUACCUUACUGUCCACCAGAGAACACACACAAAAGAGAAACCUUAUGAAUGUAACGUGUGUCGAAAGUCUUUCACCGAGAAAUCAAACCUUACUCGCCACCAGAGAACACACCCAAAAGAGAAACAUUUUGAAUGUAACAUUUGUGGAAAGUCUUUCUCCUGCAAGGAAUACCUUACUCUGCACCAGAGAACACACACAGGAGAGAAACCUUAUGAAUGUAACAUGUGUGGAAAAUCUUUCACCAAGAAAUCAAAUCUUAAUCUCCAUCAGAGAACACAUACUAGAGAGAAACCUUUUGAAUGUAACAGUUGUGGAAAGUCUUUCUCCUGCAAGGCAUAUCUUACUCUGCACCAGAGAACACACACAGGAGAGAAACCUUAUGAAUGUAAGAUGUGUGGAAAAUCUUUCACCAAGAAAUCAAAUCUUAAUCUCCAUCAGAGAACACAUACUAGAGAGAAACCUUUUGAAUGUAACAUUUGUGGAAAGUCUUUCUCCUGCAAGGCAUAUCUUACUCUGCACCAGAGAACACACACAGGAGAGAAACCUUAUGAAUGUAAGAUGUGUGGAAAGUCCUUCUCUUGGAAGUCAAGCAUCAAUGUCCAUCAGAUAAUACACACAGGAAAGAAACCUUAUGAAUGUAACCUGUGUGGAAUGACUUUCACCAGGAAGUCAAACCUCACUGUCCAUCAGAAAAAACACAGGAAAGAAACCUUAUGA